UCCCCUCUCCCUCUUUCGGGAAAGCAGGUCAGCACAAGGUGGAUAUACCUUCCAAGAAGCCCCGCCGCGUUCUGUUCCAGGUUUCCCAUCAAGAAAAAUUCUAAAUUUCCAAAAUGGAUAUAGACGGACAGGAAGAUCACAGUCUAGAAGACGAUCGUCUGGCUCCAGAUUCGGAGGACGACUAUAUUGCCACCUCCAGCAUCUGCACGCCUUUUGAGCACUUGCAGUUUCACCUCGACAUGACCAGCGCCCAGUAUCUGACGCCGAACACACAUCACCCGAACCGACUGCGUGUCCACGGCCUAACUCUCGCCGGUACGACCGCUUGUCCGAGCGGCCCACAUACUGUUGCCUACUCCCCCCCUGAGUUGGACCCAUUCACCGUUUCGGGCAUUUCUUCAUUCAACUACCCAGCCAUCGUCGACACAACCCUUCUAACACCAAUCUCUGGCUCCGAGAGCCCCCCUUUAAACCAAAUGCCGUGCCCAAAGAUGGAGCAUUACCACGCUUCACAAUCAGCAAUGUCUCUCAAUGAGGUACCGACGCCUCCAAACACAGGAAGGAUGUAUUACAGUCCCUACAACAGUCAGGGUUCUCCUUCAAUGUCUGGUCUCCCAGCAGUAACAGAAGCCCAUCAAUUCGAUCAGUCAUCGGCAUACAUGGCCCCUAACGCUCACCAUGCAACGUCUCCCAAAGCCGAAUUUCCACCGGGGCCUGCAGACCUCUACUUUGGUUCCUAUAGCGUUUCGACCUCUCACGGCGGUGAGGUAUCGCAUCACCCUGUUCCGGAAUAUCCUCAUUUUCCCAGCGUCGACGUAGAUGCCUCGUCUGAAUACUUGUAUAGAACGCAACAGCCUCACUUGAACAUCCAUGGAUCGCCAAUGCACCAUCGGAUGGCCUCCAACGGCCAAGCGUCUCUCCUCACCCAUCCCAAUCCUUCCCAGUACAGACCACAGACAACCCCAAGGAUCGCUGGGUUUGAGGAACUGCGUGGCGAUCCCGCCAUGUUCCAACCACCAUAUGCUGCCCACACACCAACCAUUGCUCCAUCGAAGCGAAAGCGACAGGAGAAGAGCAAGACCUCCAAGCCUGGAAAGGCAUCGUCUCGAAAAUCAAAGGAGUCGCCACGUCCAGGGUACACAGAUGGACCUGCUGCUUAUCAAAAAGGGGAGGGUGAUAAGGAGGAGCUAACCCUCCAUGAUGACGCACCGGAAGACGAUAAGUUCUUGUUCCAGCUCAGAAAGGAGCAUAUCUCCGAGAAGGGGAAGGGGAUGUGGGAAGAAAUGAAGGCCAAGUACUCAGAGAAGCACCAGGGUAAUUGGGCAAAGGCGGCACUGCAAAUGAAGGUAUCGCGCGCAGUAGCCAAAUUUGGUGUGUGGCCAGAACAAGAGGUAAGCUUUGAACGGCUUGUGAGGAAUCUUGGGAAAGGAGAAUUGUUAACUGACAACCAUUCUCAGAUCCAACGUUUGAAAGAAGCCUUUUUUCAAGACGAAGAGAAGAGAUACCAACGCCUCAUAGCCCACAUGAAGGAGAAGGGCGGAUGCAAGGUCUGGGACUGGAAGCCUCAACACAUUUCGGCCAUGCUUAUCAGGCUGGGCCUUGAGGAUGCCAAAGUAGAAGAAAAGACGGGAAUCCGGCGGCGCAAGAAGCUGGAAAAGCGAAAGCAUACCAGCUCGGCAUCGCAUGGGGGGACUGCUUACUCUACGCCACAUAUGCAGCAACAGAACAUGGUAGCUGACUGGUCCGAGGGAUCUGUUGGUCUUGGUCUCCACAAUGUUUUCCCCAACAAUCAUUCCCAGCAGCAACCCAUGAUGAACAUGGUAUCGACCAGUCGACAGCCCUCCCAUGAGCAACCUUUCUACGAGUUGACGAGCGACGAAAGGUUUCCCCAACUUACUUCCGAACAGUACUAUGACACUGUUGAGCAGAUAUUCAACGGCACGAGGCAUGUUGAUGAGGACGAGAUUUCAAGUCCCGGUUUCCCAGACGUGGCAGAUCGCGAUGAGAGAGCGGCCAAUGCUGCGACUAGCAGCGCUCACAAUUCGCGGCCGCCGACGAGAGAUGAGCUAAACAGUUACCAACAAGCCUCUAGCGCGAGGAUGGCACAACAGGCGUGCGAACAACUGCUUCAAGGACGGCAACAAUAGCAAUUACAGGAAUCGGGUUUCUUGGACGAAUUGACGAGAAGAGAAUGGCAUGCUUUUACGGCGGCACGGCGACAGGUGACAGAUUGAUCAUUGUGGCUAUUGGUCAUUUUCCCCGUUACCCCUAUAUGGUUGUCUAUCUUUCUUUUCUUACCAUCCUCUUCUUCCCUUACCUAUCCUCAAAAUAUCCUUCACGUUUUUUUCCUAUUCUUCUACGCAUGCUCUUUAAACAUCCAUCACAUGUGGCGUUGGGGACUUCACUUCUUCGGUUUUCAACAGAGGGUGUCCGGUCUUGACUUUGGUUUCAUCUAAAUGGAUGGCUUACUC